GAAGACUUGUGGAUGGGUCCUAGUGCCUGGGGAGGCAGGGUGGUCGGAAUAAUAAUCUAGUCUCUUCCAUUGAGCUCAUAGUAGCUACUAAGAAGCAAAGGGAAGGCAGGCUGUUACUUCUGAUGAAGAGGCAAGGGCCAUGGAUGUUGGAGAGGCCUGAAAAUUCUAAAAACAUGAGCAGAGAUGAAUUCAUGCACUUGGCAGAAGGUUGGAUAAGUUAUCAUAGUUUCUAAUCCAUGUGUUCCUUUUUAAAAACUCAACAGCACUUUGUGGCUUAUUAAAGAAGAAGAGGGGAAAGAUUGUGGAUUAUAAUCAAUGGCUCCAUUAUAUUGCCUUUUAUUUCAGAUUGCAAUAGUCUUGACCAAAAACUGCAUUUGCUUGUGACAGGAAUGUAAAUUUAAAAACCUGUGAAAAUUAUGCAAGUUCUUGAACAAUCAAGAACAAAGUUUAGGAAGCACUGAAAUAAAAAUUGGGCUCCCGAGGCAAAAAAAAAGAGAGAACUUGAAAUUAUUUUAGAAGAGUAGAAAUUUUUCGCAUUUUUUCAGGAGGUCUUAAGAGUUUAGAAGGUCUCUUCAUAUCAAGGGCUGCUCUGCUUCCCUCAGCACAUCUCAGGCGGGAUAAACCACACACUUAAUACUCCCCUCCCACAAGGAUUUAAAUACUGGCUUUCUGUGACUGGGAAGGAGUGGGACACUUAAAUCACUGGCUCUGACCAAAAAGGGGAUUAGAAGAGUCUCAAAGAAAGUCCAAAGAAACUAUAACUGCUUCUAUUUGCCAUUAAUGAAACGAACAAGGCUGUCUUGCAUUCUUUUAAUAACCGAUUUUUAAGUGAUGAACAGUUUUAGAAGCUUCUGAAUUUGCCAAAUAUGCUCUGCUUUGCUUUUCUUUUUUGUUUUGUUAUCUUUCAGAUGUGGGGAAGAAAACCCAAAGUACUGGACAGAUUUGACAAGACGAUGGAAGCCCUUCCUAAAUACAUUUUGCAUUUUGUUUACGGCAGUUCUGGCUGAAUACAGAUGUAUUUUUUUAAGUAAGAGCUUUAAGUUAGGUUUUGAAUAGAAGAUACUCAUUAACCAAUGUUGGAAUAUCAAGACCUUGAUUUCAUAAAAGCACCUCUUCAGUCUUUAGGAUUAGCAAACUCAGGUCUGAUGUUUUAAAGGGAGGGCAUAAUUGCUACUUUGCAAUAUUUGUGUUAACUCGCAUGACACUUUACUUUCAAACACUUGUCAAAAAGGCAAAUCCCGAAAAGACCAGUGAAAAGCAAACACUGGAAAUAUUAACUAUACAAAUAAGUAUACCCCUUAGCCAGUAAUUCUCCUUGUUAGUUCGGUGUCCACCGAAGGAGAAAUGUACCGAGGUCAAAAACAGGACUCUGGCCGUUAAGGAGGAGGGAGUGGGGGAGGGGGAGAGGGGAGUGCGGAGGGACACGCGACGAACGUAAAACAAACUGGUGGCAUUCAGUCCAGAAGGCAGGUAACGCUCCGGAAGCUGAUGAGGUGUACCAGUCAGCUGGGCGCUCCGAAGCUUUCCAGAGCCAGGCUGUUUUCGUGCUUCUUUGCUUUUUCCUUCAAACCUGGCCCUAUGUUGGAGGGGUGCAGCGUGAGGGGGAUUUUUCGAUGUUGGGAAGUGGCAGGUCUGUGACAAGCAGGGAACAAGGCAACGACGGCGCAGCCUGGCCCCGGCUGACGGACGCUGGCGACUCAGAGAUGGACAGUAGCUGCCACAACGCGACUGCCAAAAUGUUAGCUACUGCUCCGGCCCGGGGCAACAUGAUGAGCACCUCCAAACCCUUGGCUUUCUCCAUCGAACGAAUCAUGGCGCGCACCCCAGAGCCCAAGGCCCUGCCCGUCCCCCACUUCCUUCAGGGAGCCGUGCCCAAGGGGGACCCCAAGCACUCUUUGCAUCUUAACUCGUCGAUCCCUUGCAUGAUCCCCUUCGUGCCUGUGGCGUACGAUACGAGCUCCAAGGCUGGAAUGACGGGUUCGGAGCCGCGGAAGGCGAGUCUGGAGGCUCCGGCGGCACCCGCAGCGGCGCCCGCAGCGCCCGCGUUCAGCUGCAGCGAUCUGCUCAACUGCGCGCUGAGUCUCAAGGGCGACCUGGCCCGGGACGCGCUGCCGCUGCAGCAGUACAAGCUGGUAAGGCCCCGUGUGGUCAACCAUUCUUCCUUCCACGCCAUGGGAGCCCUGUGCUACCUGAAUCGAGGUGACGGCCCCUGCCACCCGGCAGCCGGCGUUAACAUCCACCCGGUGGCCUCCUACUUCCUCAGUUCCCCUCUGCACCCUCAGCCAAAAACGUAUUUAGCUGAAAGAAAUAAACUGGUGGUCCCGGCGGUGGAGAAGUACCCCUCGGGAGUAGCUUUCAAAGACUUGUCCCAGGCUCAACUGCAGCAUUAUAUGAAAGAAAGCGCCCAGCUUCUGUCGGAAAAAAUCGCGUUCAAAACCUCUGACUUCAGCCGAGGCUCUCCUAAUACCAAGCCCAAAGUUUUCACUUGCGAAGUGUGUGGAAAGGUCUUUAACGCACACUAUAACUUAACCCGUCACAUGCCAGUGCACACAGGAGCCAGACCCUUCGUUUGCAAAGUGUGUGGAAAGGGCUUCCGGCAAGCCAGCACCCUGUGCAGGCACAAGAUCAUUCAUACCCAGGAAAAACCUCACAAAUGUAACCAGUGUGGCAAAGCAUUUAAUAGAAGUUCCACUUUAAACACGCAUACCCGAAUACACGCAGGCUACAAACCGUUUGUGUGUGAAUUCUGUGGCAAAGGAUUUCAUCAAAAAGGGAAUUACAAAAACCACAAGUUGACCCACAGCGGGGAGAAGCAGUUCAAGUGCAGCAUCUGCAACAAGGCCUUCCACCAGGUUUACAACCUCACCUUCCACAUGCACACUCACAACGACAAGAAGCCCUUCACGUGCCCCACGUGUGGCAAAGGCUUCUGCAGGAACUUUGACCUCAAGAAGCACGUCCGCAAGCUACACGACAGCAGCCUGGGGCUGGCCCGCACGUCCGCUGGGGAGCCCGGCACGGACCCGUCGCCCCCUCUACAGCAGAUGCCGCCUGCCACCCUGCCGCCUCUGCCGCCGCCGCUGCCGCCCCCUGGUCCCCUGCAGCCCGGGCUCCACCCGGCCCACCAGUGAUCAAGGCCAAAGUCCCUUCCCAGCCGCAUUCGGGCCCCACUACCGAGGCAGCGGGGGAAUAGAGCUGGUCCUGCAGACCCAAGCUGGUCUGCAGACCCCAGGGCGUGUUGGGGCCCACGUUAGCGCCUACCAGAAGCCUCUGCACUUCCCCCGCCUUUAGCCUCUUGCAUGCACCUGCUAAAUGGUUCUGUGUAUUAUAUCCUAUAUACGCACUAACGAUUAUGAGAAAAUUGGGGGUUUUGUUUUCUGAUUUUUUUUUUUAAACAAAAUUCUGUAUUUAUUGAGAUCUGUAUUAUCCUACCCGGGAAUGCUGCACCAUUUUAAUUUUAUUAUUGUAUAUAUUUCCAUUGUGUUAUUCUGCGGUCUCAAGAUGCCUGCCGAUUGUUUAUCAUUUCCUCUUUCCCUGAGGUAACAAGACACUGUGUGUAUGUUAUAUAUACACGCAUAGAUGUGUGUGCCUGUAAAGGCACAUUUCACAGUCGUGAGCACACACACACACACACACACACACUAGAAAAAGGUGGUUCAUUAUGGAUGAAUUUGAAUUUUGGUUUUGAUUCUUGCACGUGAAAAUUGAUUCAUUGACUGUUGGAAAUAAAUACUUGGAACAUGCUUAUUUAAUCAACAAACGUAAGGGCUCUGUUCAUA